AAGGGGUUAAAUUGCAGAGUAAAAAAAGAAAACCGACUUCCUCUUACUGUUAGAGAGUAAGAGACGAUGGCCAGAGAGAAAGUAACAGGAGCCCAGACCCUUUGCAUGAGGAGAUAUCUGCUCACAGUUUGCCUCAGUGUUUGGAUGGAUUCAGCCCAUGGAAUUGGGGUUCAGCUGAUCCCUCAGUAUCCGGUGGUUAGUCAGUCUGUUACCCUGAGUGUCACUGGAGUCACUGGCACAAUACGACAGUUCUCAUGGUAUAAAGGUUCAAGUGUAGAUGCUAAUAACCAAAUAUUCAAUGUUAUUCCAUCUCUAAACUCAGUGACAAAUGGGCGUCAGUAUUUCCCUCGGGCCAGUCAUUUCCCAAAUGGCUCAUUGCAGAUCUCAGGCCUUGUUCCUACAGACCAGGGGAAUUACACAGUGUUUAUACAGACUGGUGAGACUACAGCACAACAUACAGUUCUCCUGACAGUUGAUGAGCCUGUCACUUCCUCAGUGAUCAGCACAAACAAUAAGGAACCCCAGGAGAAUGAGAAAGUCACCCUCACAUGCAGUACAAAUAAUGCAGAAAAGAUCCUUUGGAGCAAAAAUGGUGUCUCUCUCCCUCCUGGACUGAUUCUGUCUGCAGAUAACAAGACUCUCACUUUCUCCAGUGUCUCUCGCUCAGAUAACGGACAAUAUCGAUGUGAAGCUUCAAAUACCAUCAGUAAGAUUAUCAGUGAUCCCAACACAUUAACUAUAAACUAUGGUCCACAGAACCUGAAAAUUACAGGAUCGCUACAAGUGACUUAUGGGAACCCCAUGCUGUUGGAAUGUUCUGCUGAUUCUGUUCCAACACCAACCUAUCAGUGGAAAUUUAACUGGACUCUUUUAGAAUUGCAAAAUAACUUAUGGCACAUUCAACAGGCCACAUCGAAGAAUGUGGGAUAUUAUACCUGUACCGUGACUAAUUCAGUGACAAAACUCUCGCUGGAAACCUCUAUAUAUGUGACUGUGAAUAAUUUUGAGCCUCUUUCAGACAACUAUGCAGUCAUUUUAGCUGCCAUCGUCUGUGGGUGCAUCUUGGGGAGUGUACUCAUCAUCUGUGCUACGUUCCUUCUGUACAAGAGAUACGUUGUUCCCUUGAAAGGGCAAUCAGGUGACAGAGGAGAGGAUCCAUACCAAAUAUAUCAUAACAUUUCCAACACUUUAGUGGCUCAUCCUGAAAAAGAGGAAACUCCAUACGUGGGACUGGAUUACUCAUCUCAGAAUAUGUACAGCGAUCUGAAGCUAUAACGCAAUACAGAUAAUUCAUAUCAACUAUUGAUGUGGAAAACGCUUACAACAGGAUUAUUUAUUAUCAGUAUUCAAGAGGAACUAAAGACUGGCGAAAAUCAAAUUACAAUUGCUGAGCACUUACAAGUUUCCUUUGAUUGUUUAAUCUCCUGACAACUUCUUUAAUGACCAAAGAAUAAUGUAAUGAGCGGAGUUCAAUGAUUGAUUCUACAGUUAUAGUGUGUUUAUGUAAUGAAAAUAUAAUGUACUGUUAUUCAGCACUGGUAAAACUGGUGUGUUUGCCUCAGAAACUCUACUA